AUGGCUUCCAAAAUGGUCGAAAAGGCCAAAGAUGCGCUUCACAUGAACAACACGAAAGACGACAUCCGCAUCGCGGGCAAGAAGGUUCAUCAUACGGGGUAUGGCCUGAUGGGGUUGACGUGGCGAGCAAACCCCCCGCCGGCAGAGCAGAGCUACGAGGCGAUGAGUACGUUGAAACCCUGUUGUUGGUGUUGUUGUUGUUGCUGCUCAGGUACGACGAACCUCCACUGACCACGGCGGCAAACAGAAACGGCUCUGGAUAGCGGUGCCAAUUUCUGGAACGGAGGCGAGCUCUAUGGCACUCCGGAGCGCAACAGCGCCCAUCUCCUCCGGGAGUACUUCGAGAAACAUCCCAAAGACGCCGACAGGGUCGUCCUUUCCAUCAAAGGCGGUCUUGUCGAAGGCGGCCUGAAACCCGACGGCAGCGAGGAGAAUACGCGUCGGAGCAUCGAAGCCACCCUCGCCGUGCUCGACGGCAUCAAGAAGAUCGAUGUUUGGGAAGCUGCGCGCGUAGACCCUCAAACACCGAUUGAAAUCACGAUGCGGACCGCGAACGAAUACGUGAAAGCCGGCAAGAUCGGAGGAAUCGCUCUCAGCGAAUGUAGCGCAGAUACGAUCCGGCGAGCCGUCAAGGAAGUUCACAUUGUAGCAGUCGAAGUGGAAUUCAGCAUGUGGGAGACGACUAUCCUCGACAACGACGUCGCCAAAGUCUGUGCGCAGCACAACAUCCCCAUCGUAGCCUACUCUCCGCUGGGGAGAGGGUUCCUCACGGGACAGAUUACCAAACCAUCGGAUAUCCCUGCGGACGAUAUGCGAUCGCACCUACCUCGUUUCCAACCGGAAAAUUUUGACAAGAAUCUUGAGAUGGUGCGCCAGGUUGAAGCGCUCGCGAAGAAGAAGAACGCCACUCCUGGCCAGGUUGCUCUUGCCUGGGUGAGAGCGCAGUCGAACAAGCCUGGAAUGCCGCUCCUCAUUCCCAUCCCAGGUGCAAGUUCGGCAGAGCGAGUGCGGGAGAACUGCACAGAAAUUGAGCUGAGUGAGAAUGACAUCAAAGAGAUCGACAGUAUUGUUGCGAGUGUCGAUAUCGCUGGCGAGAGGUAUCCAGAAGCUCAAGCUGCGCUAUCGUUUGGCGACUCUCCGCCGCUCCAGGAGUGA